GACUUCCAACCCUCCUGUCCUGCCGGGCAAGUGCGUCCCAAGCCCAGACUUCCUUGACAGCAAUUGAUUCCCUUCGUCAACAUUUCAAUCGCGCGCGCCCCAAACAAGAGUGCACGAUUGCCCAAGAUGCCCGAACCAUCGCCUGGUGUCAACCACGCUGACUCUAUCGACCCGCAACAUGAUACAGGGAAGAAGGACGACAAGAAGAAGAGCCGCCGACCGGCAAAUACGGCAUUUCGGCAGCAGCGUUUGAAGGCAUGGCAACCAAUCUUGACACCCAAAACUGUCUUGCCUCUGUUCUUCAUUAUCGGCAUCAUAUUCGCCCCCAUCGGUGGAUUGCUACUCUACGCAAGUUCAAAGGUCAAGGAGAUCCGGAUCGAUUACACCAACUGCCUUACUGAAGCGACAGAGAACCUUGAGGCCAUGGACUCAAAGUACAUUAGCACUGCGUUCAGUAGCGAUGCCCAGACAAAGAACGCUCUGUGGGCUGUAAGGGACAUCGAAGUCAAGGACGGACCGAUCACGUACCCGGCGAAGCAAUGCACAAUUCAAUUCUACAUCCCUGAGCCGAUGGGACCACCGGUGUUGUUCUACUAUCACCUUACAAACUUCUACCAGAAUCACCGGCGAUACGUCGCGUCCUUUUACGACAAGCAACUCAAGGGCAAUGCGGAAUCCGCCAGCAAUGUCAACAGUUCCUCCUGCGAGCCCCUCGAGUGGGAUUCGGAAGCCCAGAAGCCUUACUAUCCCUGUGGUUUGAUUGCAAACUCCAUGUUCAACGACACAUUCACCUCGCCCCGCUGGCUGCAGGGGGAUUCGAUAUACCCGAUGUCAACCGAGGAGAACAUCGCCUGGGCGUCCGAUUCCGAUCUUUACGGCAAAACCCAGUACAACCCCGAAGAUAUUGUGCCGCCGCCGAACUGGAGAGUCCGCUACCCAAACUACACCGCUGAUCACCUUCCGCCAGACAUCUCCAAGUGGCCUGCUUUCCAGGUUUGGAUGAGAACCGCUGGAUUGCCGACUUUCAGCAAGUUGUACCAGCGGAACGACGACGAGAGCAUGGUGACAGGCAAUUACGAAGUCAACAUUACGGACAAUUUCCCAACAACGGAGUACAAGGGAACCAAGUCAAUCGUCAUCACCACGCGUACAAUCAUGGGUGGUAGAAACCCUUUCCUUGGAAUCGCAUACGUCGUCGUCGGUGGCAUGUGCAUUCUUCUCGGCGUUGUCUUCACAGUCACCCAUCUUAUCAAGCCGAGAAAGCUGGGCGACCACACCUAUCUCUCAUGGAAUAACGCGCCCGGGUCCAAGCAGGGCGCCGGUGCCAGCUCGGCAGUGGCAUCAGGUCGCGACGCACGACCCGGCGACGCCUAGAAGGCCCAGGAUGAAUCGCAGCGCCCUCUCCGCAACCGCACAGCCUCCAACGCCACCAACCCUUCCACGGCAUCGACUGCUUUGGCAUACAGCGUCACCGCAUCGUCGGUCGAGGAACAGCGUCGCGUUCUUCCCCUGUCACCUUUGUGAGGCCGGCGGGUGGUGGACCUGCGGGGGCAUGGCCUGCGGCGUUUUGUAUGGAAUGACAUGAAAUUUGUAUGAGUAAUGGGGGCCUAAGGAUUUACUCGGCCCAUCCCCCCUCCCCUACAUCACCCACGCCUCCCGCUGCCUAGGAGAGGACUCAAAUGGGGGGGUAUUUUGUUAUUUGCUGCUGCUCCUCACCAGCUUGUCAACGUGCGUUGCUUUUUCCUAUCCCCAUAUGACUUUUUGGGGGUUUCAUUUCCUGCGCGUGCCGUCUUCGCGUGGGCUUCUCACACCCCACACCACAGGAACUAGGACGAGGUAGGCAAUCGGCAGAAAAUGGAACAGAAACCAAACCCUCUUUAGCUUACCAAGGAAUCCGGAGUUCAUGGACUCAAAAUAGGAUAGACCGGCAAAUCAUCACGGUCCUAUCCCAUUAGCCACCAAUGCAUGCCGCGUGAAAUCAGUGAUGUAUGCUGUCGACACGCGCAGGCCACUAGUCAAUGCGUCAUACCUUGUGUAUGAAAACAUCGCGAUGGGGAUGAGAUAGUAAUUGGAACGGCCGGCUUAUC